GUUUUUCUUCUCCAGUCGAGUAAGAUCAGAAAUCUUACAAAAUUACAGUCAGCUACAUAGUAUUUGUUUAACAAUUUUGAUUUCAAAUUAUUGCAAGUAAACGAUGCAGCCCCGAAAUAAAUUAAGCAAGUGUUUGAUCUAUAUAACGCCCUGUGUGCAGCAAUUGUGUUUCUAUGGCACUAGGCGACAUUUACUGGCCAUGCAGUCCUUGUCCGCCCAAAGGAAUCGGAAGUCUGAUGUCUCCGAAAAGAAGGCAGUAGAGACAACAGUCGAAUGGGGGCGUGGCCCCCAAGCGGGCGACCGCCUUCCAACAGCCGUUAGUCUGCUCCGUCGAAAUUCGACAGAUUCCGCGAGGAACGAGGUGAAAACCGCAUUCAUUCGAUACGAAAAGUCUAUGAACGAAUUGGCCAAAAGUGCCCGAAAGCUAUAUAAAAAUGCCCGGCUAAGGAGCUUGCCUUUGAGGAAGCCCAUGAUGCGAGGAAAAAUCGGUGACUCUGAUGCAAGACCCCUAAGAACACCGGUGCCCAGUGCUUGGGCCAUAACCGAGCGGGAAAAUAAAUAGCUGGCAUAAGCAGAAGAGAUGGUUUUAAGGCAAGGAAAUGCGUGUAAAUGCGUGUAAUUUUACUUAAGUCUGUAGAUAUAUAUCCAAAUAUAUUUUUCCUU